UUAUCACUUUCUCAGAUUGUUAGAUCUUUUCCAAUAGGCAUAGUUAUUUCUCAUUUGCAGUCACAAAGUCAUGGCGGAGAAGGCAAAUAGCGAAUAUGAUGAGGUUGAGCUGUCAAAUCAUCGUAGUGAAGAUGAGGUAUAUUGCCGAGUUCCAAGUUUCAAACUCAUUAGAGAUCAGUUCUAACAUAGUUGAAUCUGUAGAAGCAUGCCGAAGUUGGAGCAAAAGUCGUUUGCGGAAAUGAAGCAUUCAAUGAAGCUAUGCUCAAGGAACCUCCAAGGCCUUUUACAUGGUCAACGAUGCAACUCUACAUAGCUUGUUUUAUCGGGUUCUUUUGUGCUACAAUGAACGGUUACGAUGGUUCUCUCAUCAACAAUCUGCUCGUGAACCCUUGGUUUUUGGAUUUCUACCAUGGUGAAAAUGCCGGCAUAUGGGCUGGUAUUGUGACUUCCAUGUACCAAAUUGGUGGUGUAGUUUCAUUACCAUUCGUUGGACCAGCUGCAGAUACAUUUGGUCGACGAUUUGGAAUGUGGCUUGGAUGUCUUUGUAUUAUCCUUGGUACGAUUGUUCAAGGUGUUGCUACAAGAAAUGCUGGUGUGAGACAAUUCAUGGGUGGUCGUUUCCUACUCGGUUUUGGUGUCAAUAUCGCCUCUGCAGCUGGUCCUAUGUAUGUUGUUGAAGUUUCACACCCAGCAUAUCGUGGUGUAGUAACAGCUAUCUUCAAUUGCUUUUGGUAAGGUUGAUGUAAAACCUUGAAGACUUCGUCUAACUAGAUUUAGGUUCACUGGAUCAAUCAUCGCUAGUGGAGUAGCUCGUGGAGCAGACAAUAUUGGAGGCGAUGAAUCAUGGAGAUUGAUUAUCUGGGUUCAAUUAAUGUUCUCCAGUAUCAUCUUCAUUUCCGCUUACUUCCUUCCCGAAUCUCCAAGAUGGCUUUAUGUCAACAACAAACGCCAUCAGUCCAAGAAGAUGCUUACCAAGUUCCAUGGGGAAGGGAACCCAGACAGUGAAUGGGUGAAAUUACAAUUGAAUGAAUAUGAAGAACUUUUGGAAAUGGACGGUGCCGAUAAACGUUGGUGGGAUUACAGAGCACUUUUCAAAAAUCGAUCUACUUGCUAUCGACUAUUCUGUAAUGUUAGUAUAUCGAUCUUUGGUCAAUGGGCUGGUAAUGGUAAGUAUUUUGCUAUCCUCAAGUAAACAACAGUCUAACUGAUAGUAUUCAGCUGUCUUGUCGUAUUUCAUGGGCAAAGUUCUUCAGACUAUCGGUGUUGGAAGUCACAUUGGCCAAGCAAAUGUCAUCCUGAUUAACAACUGUCAACAAUUCUGCUGGGCUCUCUUUGGUGCCGCAAUGGUUGAUCGUGUUGGACGUCGCCCUCUUCUUCUAUUUUCUAACAUCGGUAUGUUAUUCUAAUCAUCAUUACUACCAAAAAUUGUGCUCAUAGCAAUCAACAGGCUGCUGCGUAAUCUGGCUCGCAAUGACCGUCUCCGCCGCACUAUACCAGCAAUCCAUCCCCGACCCCAGCGACCCAGACUCAAUCGGCACCAACCAUGCAGCCGGCACCGCCUCUCUAGCCUUCAUCUUCGUCUUUGGCGCCGUCUAUUCCGUCGGUUUUACACCCCUCCAAGCUCUCUACCCAGUCGAAGUCCUCUCCUUCGAAAUGCGCGCCAAAGGAAUGGGCUUCUCGGGAUUCUCCGUCGCAGCAGCCGGCCUGCUAAAUCAAUUCGCAUGGCCUGUUUCCAUGCAGAAAAUUGGUUGGAAAACUUAUAUUAUUUUUAGCAUAUGGUGUGCGAUCCAAACGACCGUGGUUUGGUUUUUCAUUCCUGAGACUAGAAACAGAACUCUAGAGGAGUUGGAUGAGAUUUUUAAUAGUCCUAAUCCGGUUAAGACGUCAAUUGCGAAGAAGAGGUUGGGAUUGGAUGCAUAUGGCGAGGUGGUUAAUAUUCAGGAUGCUUGAUUUACAUUGAGGCUUGGUUGUCUUGAUACGUAUGAUGCAAUGCGUGUCAGUGGUUUUGUGUGCAUUCCAUCAUGAUAUGAGGUGUUUUUUUUUUGUCUAAGCACGAUGUGAGGCUUGAAAAACUUUGUGGGUUGAUUUUAGUAUCGUACCUUUGAUAUUUUGUUUGCUGCUUGAACAUGUUUCAAUGGAGAGUUAAUAAGCAGCGUAUAUGCGAGCUUAAGUUAGUUAUAGAUUAUAAGGACGCAUUUAACCCUGUUAAU